GAGGAUUUUAUUAAAAGAAUGAAGUUAUAUGAAAACAAAUUCAUUUUUAUAACAGAACAAAGUAAAGUAAUAUUAAAGGAAACGGAUUCAUAAUUCGAGUAAUAAAUUAAUUUUCCCAAUCCAGUGUAUGAUGCGAUGGUUUAUAAAGACAUGUUAAUUACAUCAAUCAGAAAUAUGCCUAUAGAUUGCUAUUUAUCAAAAAGAGGAUGGAGAAUGGAAACAGUAAAUGAGACUACAUGAUAUCAAACCUAAUUCUGAGAUGUUUUUAGCUCCAUUAGAAAUGAAAAGACUGACUGAAAGUAAUAACUUAAUUGGAUGUGGAAAAGGAUUCUUACAUGAAUAUGACUUAUAGAAAUUUUAGAUCAUAAAUUACAAAUGCAUUAACAAUUAUGAUUAUAUUUCAUGUUUAGAUUGUUGUGAAUAAAAUGAAAAUUACGGGAUAGCAAAAAAUAUUUUGUUAUUGGGUCAAUUCAAUAAAGUUAUUAAAAUUGUUGAUACUUAAUAAGAUAAAUAAAUUGGUGAAGCAAGAGUACACAUUGGGGGAAUAACCCAUUUGAAAUUUGAUAAGGUGGAUUCGUUAUUUUUUUAUUCUUGCGCUCGAUUCGAUGAUUAUAUUUAUUAAUGGGAUUUGAGAAAUACGAGUACAUUUUUAUAAUACUUUGAAAGGAAGAAUCAGUCAAACUAAAGAAUGAAUUUCGAUAUUAAUCAUAAUAGAGAAUUGUUAAUAGGGAAUGAUGAUGGAACUGCCUACGUAUAUAAAAGUGAUUUGAAAAGAGUCGAAUAUUAAAUAUCAAACUCAUGUGUCCAUUCUAGUAUCAUUUAAGAUAAUGGCUAAUGUUAUGUGAGCUACGGAUAAAGAAAGUUUGAUGAGGAAGAAACUUUUUUAACAGGGAUAUAAAAUUUCACAAUCAACUCAUGAUAUUUGAUAUUUGUUUUAACAUAAAAGUAAUUAAUU